CGCUUUUACAAACAACAUGCCAGUCACAAGUUCACGCAUGUGCACAUGGUCAUAGGAUGCCUCUCGAGGAUGACGACGAUGCACUUGCCAAAGACCUCUCUGUUCACCCGAACGGGGCACCUGAUAACGCCACCGCAGCGACUUCAAGACUGCUCCAAGAAGCACAAGCAAUGAUGGAUCAACAGCAACGGCGGCCUUCCGCUUUCGUCAGCCACAGAAGCGUUCAAGAUGUCACGUCCAAUUUCAUUGCUGCAAGUGGCCAGUUGAAGGCGGGCGAGUUGGUAAAGGAUGAGUACUUCACGUUGUUUGAAGCGGUUGGUGCUCUCGAGAUCAUGGAUCCGAAGAUGGAUAGUGGUUUCGUUGAGCCCACCGACACGUUCGAGCCGGAGUGGAAGGUGAUAGAUGAGGACGAGAUAGGUGGCGAAGAAGCCCUGUGGAUUAUGGACGAGCUUAUGAGGUUGGAGAUGCUUUUCCAUGAAGGAUAUCCUCUCUCACAGAAUGUCUUCACUUCAUUACACAUAUUCCGAUUGGUUGAUCCGGGCAAUACUUACCCUUACAAUCUGACUUCAUCGAAAGGAAAUCCUUCUGUCACACAAAGGAUCCUUCGAAUAUACUGCCUGGCUGUGGUAAAGUCCUGUCAGCUGGUACUCGAAUGCAUUCAAGCCCAGACGUACUACGAGGAGGAGGAUUUCGUGACCUACCUCUUUGGCAGGGAACUAUGCCCUAACAUCAGUGUUGACGAGGUCACUCAGUCGCUAUCUGAUAUCAUCACUGAAAUGCUGGAGGACUGCAAGAAGGAUCAGAGCGAAUUCGAAAUCGGGCUCGCAGUGGCCCUUAUACAACGACUCGAGAUCCGCUACCAUCUACUCUGCAGUUUGGAACGGAUUCCAGAAAGCGCAGCAACCGUGUCAUACUGGACCCGACUACGAGAACAAUUCAACCAGGCUACAUCGAACCAUACUCUGGGGAAAGCUCUCCCAUCUGCGUUCUCGCACAAAGUGCAACGUCAACUCGCGUCAAGCACACCACCAAGACCAAUGCCAGAAAUGACAUGGGAAGAAGCUCAACAGAAGUGGAUUCGUCUAUGCGACGAUAUCCUUGCUGGGUACAAUGUCACAGCAUCUGACAACGUCAAGAGUCCUCAUCUCCUGCAAUCGGCAAUCUGGAGCUUCUCAAGUAGGAACCCAGCUCCCAACACAUUCGCGCGCGCUAAGCUCCAAGAAUUGAUCACCUCUGACGAAAAAGUUGCGGAAGAUGUAUCACAUUUCGAUCUCAUGCUCGCAGAUAUCCGAGAGCUAGUGUUGCCCCAAGACCCUCUCGCAGAUCCAGCCAGCUUCAUGGUAGAGGCGACGCACGAUAUACGACAUCGAACAUCUCGAAUCCUCGAAGAUUUCAUGAUUAAAGCAUUCGGCGAAUAUCUCAACCUCUAUCGCGUAAUCUGCCAGAACCGUGAUAGGAUGCGAAGAUUAUUCACGCAGUCGAUCACACUGUUUGACGAGAUGGAGGUCCUUGCGCUCGAGGCUGACGAUGAGAUCAUGAAGAUCACUUCUCCCCAAAUCGCAUCGCCGGAACAGUCUGAGGCAUACUAUGCAAUCUGGACCUGGACCAGGAUGUACAAGCUGCGUCUGGUUCAAUGGAGCAUCCAGCUCGGAUUUGAGUCCGACUUGUACCAGGAUGAUGGCGUCUAUCAAAUGUAUGAUGUGCUCACAUCGGUAUUUGCACAGAUUGAGAAGUCCACUCGAACGAGCAUUUUGUCUGCGAUGGCACAGGCCAAGAGCAGGAAACGGCAUACCUCGCUCGUGGCGCGAGAGAACAGCAUUAGGUGGCUAUCAAGUUUGCAGCAAGAAGCACACGCUCAACAGAACCUGGCUGUGGUGCUUGCGACUUUCUGGGAGUUCCUGUCGAAAGUGGACCUCCUCCCACUGGCCGAACAACGGCCUUAUCACAAUGAACAACGACAGUAUGAGGCGAGAAUGAAGCCUUUCAUCAAAGUGCAGUAUCAAGUCAUACCGAGCCUUGAUGACUUACGAAAGUGCAAAUCCAAUCGAGCAGCGCAUGCUUAUAAUCCGACAGAACUCCAAUCACAUUUAGAGGCGAUAAUGGGUUUCUCGAGAAAUGCUUCUCAUCAGCGGACGAUUCUCGAGGAGCUGAAGCAGGUGAGAGAUGCGACUCCCAAGGAGGAUUCGUUCCGACUCCAGGAACUCAAGCAUCUCGAAGCAACAUGCUGGGCGGUUAAGAUCGCUCUCGGACAACUUGUCAGUAUUUGCAAGAAGGCCGGGAAAGAGCAUGAGUCGAGCCCUCGGCUAUCACUGAAGGGAGUGGUGACGGUGACAUUGCCCGAGGCCAAAGAGAGGAAGCAUGUGUGGUGGGUUGUGCCGAAGAUCGUCGAGGUAGACGCACCUUGAUAUAAUCAAUCUGAAGAUGAGGAGAAGAGAUCUACUCGCAAUGAUACCGAGAUGAAGGUGGCAGUGUGCAUGAACACAUUGAUCGCCCCCAUCCGAUGCUUCCUUUCAUCUGGUGCUGGAGAUCACGGAUGGCUGUUCCAGAUUGAUCCAAUGUACGUGCAGCCUGCAGUCAGCUGGGUGCGAUCCCAGUGCCAAGGAGGUAUCGUGUUUGGCGCCAUAU